AUGGCCACUAUUGAUGGUGGUUAUGCUUUAAUCUAUGCUAAUGCUACCAGUGUAAUCGAUAACAGCAAUUUACUCUCCAUACGUGGCUCGAUAUACGCUAACUUCAUAACAUAUGACAAUACACUUCAAGAUAGAACAAUUCUUCUCUAUACAUUUUCCAAUAAUGUAACCUUUAAUGGAAUUUUUUGUGACAUAGUAUCUGUUGGUGCUGGUCAAGUUUGCACACUCUCUAUCAAUAGCACCAUAGCAAAUAACAUCACAACACAAUAUAUAAGAAUAUACUUCUUAACGUCUGGAUCAGUGUUAAACGUAUAUGUAUUAUCCGACCUCGACAUCCCUAAUAUCACUUCUAUAACCUCAAACAAUUGGGUGGUGAACUCGAUGCCAUACGGUGGUUACAUAUUACAUAAUUUUGAUAUCAAUGGUACUACAUAUAUCUUUGCUUAUGACGAAUAUAACAUACAAACGCCUUUGGUAUCAACAUUGUCGUCAAACCAAACUGUUCCUAUAAAUAAUUUUUCUACUACACAUUAUGUAUUUGGUGCAAAUGUUAUCAUGAAUAAUAAUACUUUUCUGCUCCCAACACUCAACACAAAUAAGGACCAAACUUCUUGGUCUUUUAUUAAUAUCCCACUGCCUAAAGUUUUAGAAUAUCGUGAUCACGGUUACGGUAAUCUUGAGAUAGACCAAGUUAGCCCAUCUGUUAACAGUAGUGUCGAUUCGUCUCUUACAAAUUUAAAUAUAUCUUUCUUUGAUCCUAUCGUUUUGUCCACCGAUCCGAUACCUGGUUCUUUGACCAUUUACAAAGCUUCUGAUAACACCAUCAGGCAAAAAAUUUCACCGUUAAUGUCGGAAUUUUGUUCAACCAGUCCGGAUGGGAAAACUAUUACUAUAAAUUUUAUUAGUAGUACAUUUAAUGAGUAUAAUGAGAAUUAUUAUGUGCAAAUGGAUAAUAAUUUUGUUAAGAGUAGUGUUUAUAAUGAGCCUCUACAAGGGAUUAGUGAUGGGAUUUGGAAUCUCACUUCAAAUAAUAUGAACAAUUUAAUUAAUUCUUCAGACAUUGCCAUCGUUGGUACGGUCGGCUUAACAAAAGAUGCCAUGAAAAAUUUCUUAUCAUUCUCUAAAUCGGAUCGAUCCAAUUAUUUUGCGCAAUUGUUAAAUGAAGUUGCUGAGAAAAUACCAGUUCGACGUGAACGUCUAACCACAAAUGAAAAAUUUCAGCAUAUUAAUCACGGCCAACAAAUAAUUUUUUCUAUUAAAGUAGAUUUACCAUCAUCUGAUUCAAAUGAAAACACUGCUGAUAGUGUGGUAUCAGAUCUAAACACUAUGCUUAUAUAUAAGCAAGCCACAACCUUUCUUAAUGGUAUUACAAAUGAUUUGGAUAAUAUUUAUGGUUUUGUUAUAAUGGGGGAUUUUUGGGCCGAUAACGCAACCUUAAUUGCUGUAUCAAUCUUAAUUCUUGUAGUAAUCAUGUUUCUAUACAUACCAACAAAAGAACAGGAAGAGAAAAUGGUCGAGGAAAUUGUUGGUGACGCAAAGAAGAAUCUUAUCGGUAAAAUAGAUAAAAAGGUCGAAGAAUUUAGUGAUGAUAUAAAGAAUGAAAUUAUCUAUGAAAAAGAUAAACUGCUCGAGAAUAUUAAAGAUGACAGAAAGAAGAAAAUUAUGGAUAAAAUAUUCAAGAAAGUUGCUGAUUUCAUAAAGAAUAAAAUUAUCAAUGAAAAAAAUAAAAUUCUCGAGAAAGUUGGUGAAGUUGACAUAUUAAAGGAAUUUUGUGGUCACAUGUUCAAAGCGUUUAGUGACAUAAAGAAAAAUAUUGAUGGUAACAAAGAGAAAAAGUUUAAGGGAGUUGUUGGUGACAUAAAGACAGAGCUUGAGGAAACUGUUGUUAUCAUAAAAGCAAAGCUUAAGAAAGUCGCAAAAAAGGUUCUUGAUAAAAUAGUCAAGGAAGUUAAUGGUGAAAUAAAGAGCAAUAUCGUUGAAAUGCUCAAGGAGGAAAUUAUCGAUAAACUAGUCAAGAAAUUUGUUAAUAAAAUAGAGAAGAAAAUUAUCGAUAAAAAAGAAGAAUUGCUCAAUAAUUUUAAUAAUGACGCAGCGAAAAAAAUUAUCGAUGAAAGAUUCAAGAAAAUCAGUGAUGGCAUAAGAAAUAAAAUUAUCAAUGAAGCAGAUAAAAUGCUUACGAAAGUGCUCGAAAAAGUUGAUAGUGACAUGUUCAAAGCAAUUGGUGACAUGUUCAAGAAUGUUGGUUACAAGUCCAAGAAAUAUAUUGACAUCAAGUCCAAGAAAGAUAUUGACAUCAAGUCCGAGAAAGAUAUUGACAUAAAGAAAAAGAUUAGCGAAUUUCUCAAGGAAGACAUAAAGGAAAAAUUUAGUAAAAUUCUAGAGGAAGUUGUUGGUGAUUCAAAGAAAAUAGUCGAGGAAAUUGGUGACGAAACAAAGAAAAUUAUCGACGAGAAGGAAAUUAUCAAAGAAAUUUAUGGUGAAACAGAGAACAUUAUCGAUGAGAUGCUCAAUGGAAUACUCGAGAAGGAGAUUUUUGAGGAAAAAAAUAGAAUACUUAUGGAAGUUAGCGAUUGCAUAAAGACAAUUAUCGAUGAAAAGCUCAAGGGAGUUGGUGAUGACACGAAGAAAAUUAUCGAUGACAUUCUCGAGAAGGUUGGUGGUGACAUAAAGAAAACUAUCGAUACAAUGUUCGAAAAGAAAAUUAUCGGUAUAAAAGUUAAAACCAUCUAUGAAUUUUUUGAUGAAGUAUACAAAAAAAUUUUUCGCAGUACAAAUGAAGAAAACGGGGAAAAAAAUGAAGUUGCAGAUGAUACAGACAAUUAUCCCAGACCAUUUUCGAUUGUAAGCUUAAUAAGAAUUCCUGAUGAAAAUGAUUCUGAUGAAAAGGAUUCUGAUGAAAAGGUUUCUGAUGAAAAGGUUUCUGGCCAACUUUCGUACGAUGAUACGAAUGAAAAAAAAAAUAAAUUUGGUGAAUACAUAAAUGAACGAGUUGUUAAGAUCCUAGAAGACAUAGAAAACACCCUUGACAGAGUGGAUUCUAACCAACCUUUAAACGAUGAUACGAGUGUUGAACAAGUUAAGAUCCUAGAAGACACUCAUGAUAAAAAGGUUUCUAAUAAAAUUAAUUCUAACCAACUUUCAGACGAAGAUAUGAACGAAGACAAGAUAAUCAAAAAG